AAAUAGUCCUGCAGCGGCGCAUUUAAACCGCACAAGAAGUGAAUAUUAUGGCCGAUUCAGACCAGAUCAAAGUAGUAAUUCGUGUUCGCCCAUUAAUCAAAAGAGAGCUUCAAAAUUGCCAUGAUUGCAGAUGGAAAGUCCAAAAUGAUAAUUCUAUCAGUCAGGCAGACCAAUCCCACUUGCCAGCUUAUGUAUUUGAUCAGAUUUUUGACCAUGAAUUUACAACACAGGAUCUGUAUAGCAGUAUAGUAGCACCUAUUGUAGAGUCUGCUAUGAAUGGCUACCACGGGACUGUCUUCGCCUAUGGUCAAAGUGGAUCGGGAAAAACACACACAAUGUCUGGAAGCAAGCAGUCACCUGGUAUAGUUUCUCUUGCAAUGCAAGACAUAUUUGACUUCAUUGAGCAGAAACCAAGUCAUGAGUUUCUGAUGCGAGCUAGUUAUAUGGAGAUAUACAAUGAAAGAAUCUUCGACUUGCUGAGUCUUGAAGAGAGAAACCUGAAAUUACAUGAAUCAGUGGAUCACCAGAUAUCUGUUAAUGGUCUUGAGGAGCAGCUUGUGAACUCUUAUGAGCAGGUGUUUUCUGUCAUCCAGAGAGCAGAAGCCAAGCGUACCAUAGCAGAGACCAAACAGAAUGAUCGCAGUUCAAGAUCACAUUGUAUUUUCAGAAUUAUCAUUGAAAGUCGUCUCCGAAAUGGAGCUGAUGCUGCUGUUAUGGUAUCACAUUUGAACUUUGUGGAUCUGGCGGGCUCAGAAAAGGCUGGGGAAAACUCUGGUGAUCGUUUCAAAGAGGGCUGUGCCAUCAAUAAGAGUCUGUUCUGCUUGAGUCAGGUCAUCAGCAAACUGAGUGAUGGAGAAAGCAAUCAAUUCAUUCCAUACCGUGACUCAAAGCUGACCCGUAUUCUUCAAAAUGCUUUGGGUGGUAAUUCAAAAACAGCCAUUAUCUGCACUGUAAAUCCUAGCGCAGUAGAUGAAACUCAUUCUACACUGAGGUUUGCUACUCGAGCCAAAACCAUCAAGAAUAAGCCGCAUGUCAAUGAAGUUUUGUCUGAGGCAGCAAUGUUGAAGAAAUACAGAAAUGAGAUUACACGUCUGCAAAAGAUGGUGACAGAGAUGGGAGUGCAGGAUAUGCAAAUGGCCAACAAAGAUCUCAAGAAGCAGCUGGAGGAAAAGCAGGAACUAAUCAAGCAGCUGACUCAGCAGAUUGUCGUUUCCUCUGCACUUCCUGAAAGUGCCACUUUCUUGAAGAAAAAAAUGAGACGAGAAACUUGGUGUGCUCCAAAAUUGCAACGCAAAAGCCACUUUCCUACCUUCUUGGAUCAGCGCAAGAUCAACAUCCAGGAAGAAACUUAUCUUGAUCUUGACCACUCUUCUGCGGAUUCGAACACCUUUGGUUUGGAACCUCUAGACAUAAAGCCGACACAUAUUUCAUUCAGUUUUGAUAAUGAGUCUCGAGCCAAAGACUUUCUGCGUCUAAGUGAAGAGAACGAGAUGCUUGAGAUAGGAAGCAAAUUAGAGAAUGAUGAGGACAUUUUGAUGGCCAACACUACACUGAGGGAUGAUUCAGAAAAGCCAUUGUUUGGAGAAAUGUUUAUUCUGGAAGAUAAGCUUCACAUCCUGCAGAAACAGCUGAAUUGUGCUGAGAAACAGAAUGAGCGCAUGAACCAGGAGCUGGUGCACCUUUGUGAGAAACGUUUUAACCUGGACUUGCAGGAGUUGCAAGAUCUGAUUGACAAUACAGAAAAGCUGCAAGAAGACCUCAGAAUCAAAAACAAGAAAGUGCAAGAUCUAGAAAAGGCUCUAGCAGGACAGGAGCCUUAUAUUGCCAGGCUAGAGGCACAACUGGAGAUGCAGAUGGGAGCAAGCAAUGGCCAUUUAGGGAGCACUACCAAGAGACGCAGUGGCAUCCCCGUUGCUAUAAAGAAAGAAGGAAAACAGAGUGAUGACUUUCAAGUAAUGGAAAAAUUUGAUGUAGUUGAAGCUGCAACAUCAACAGAGGACCUCCAGCAGUUGCAGUACUUGUUCCAAGCUACAACCUCAACAGAAGACCUUUCACCACAACAGCAAAUAAACGUGACACCAGUUAAAGACCUUCAACAAUCACAGCACAUGGUUGAAGUCAUGACAUCAACAGAAGACUUUUCACCACAACAUCAUAUAGUUACAACAAUUUCCAAUCUGCCACAGCAUAUGACUCAAGUUAUGACAUCAACUGAAGACCUCGUCCUACAGCAGUCUAUAGUUACAACACCAACUCAAGGCAUUUCAUGGGCACAGGACAACAACAAACAGGUGAUCUUGGUGGAUGUUGGGAUUAUGACAGAACAGGACUUCAACAUCAACAAAGCAUACAGUUCUUCAGAGAGCUCAGUUUUCAUGGAACUUAAAGAGGAUGCUGCACCAGCAUGUAUGUCAGACACUGAGCUCAGUCAGAAGAAUGUAGAAUCAGAUACCAAGAGAGGAAACCCAUCUGAAGUCGUGCUUGAGGGUAGCACAGAACUUUCAAAGAGGCUUCAGGAGAAGGAACAUGAAGUAGAACAGCUUCAGAAGCUAAAUGUACAGCUGAGUGAAAUUCUGAACCAAGCAUAUGCUGAGAACCUCCGGUUGAAAGAGGCAAUGGAGGCUCUGGAGCAAGCUGAUGCAGAACGGCUUGAGGAAAUAAAUGAACUUCCCAAACUGAAGGCCUUGUUGGCUCGACGAGACAUGGAAAUUCAACGCCUUGAGUCCCAGGUUGACCGCCUAAAAGAUGAAGUAGGCCAAAUGUCUUUCAACAGUUCCUCUUUAUCUUCAUCUUUUUCUGAGGCGCCACGACGAUCAGUGCUUUUAGCUGAGCGUGAAGAGGAAGUCUGGCAGCUGAAAGAGCGCUUGGUAGGACAGGCACAUCAGAUGGAGAAUCUUCAGCAAGAGAAACUGCACCUUGAAGACCUGGUCAUUGAUCUAAGAGCCCAGCUAGACCAGAGGGCUCGUGGCCUUCCCAACAUCAGGACCAGAAUGUCAGGCUGUGCCAACUCACCUCACACUCCUUUCGAAACAUCUUUUGACCGAGAAGUUGACCAAGAAGUUAUGGACCAGAGCCAAAGGCGGAUGGAAGAGGCAGAUAUGGAGUUACUGCAGAGAAAAAUAUUUGAGCAAGGUUCCCAGAUUUCUCGACUGGAGGCUCUGUUGCAGGAGAAGGAUGAAGACAUUGAAAUCUUGUUUGACAGAAACAUGAUCAUCCCCAAAGAUGUUGCUGAGGUGAGGAUCAAGGAGAUGGAAGAACAGCAGAGGCAGCUAGAAAACAUGUCUACCACACUCAAUGACAAAAAUCAGGAGCUGAUGAGAAUAAAAGCCAGCUUGGAGUUCUUCAAACUCCAGGAGCGCAGUCCCAGUGAGAUAAAAGAAAGCAGUUUCCAGGAGAACUUGAUCUUGGAGAAAAUGAACCUGGAGGAGGCCCUUCAGGAGAAAUCAGAGCAGCUCAUAGCAUCCUUGGAGGAGAGAGAAGAACUGGAGGUGAAGCUGGAUGAGCGUCGCAACAUGAUUAAUGACCUGCGGCAGCAGCUAGAAGAACUAAAGGAAACGUUUGAGGAAAAUCAGGAAGGCAAGAGUGGUUCAAACCUAAGAGCAUCAGAAGUUAUGGCUGAUGCUGAAAUGUCAACAGUGCACCUGCCAGAGCAUGAAGUAAAUCCCAUCUCAUCAUCAUCAGAACGUUAUGAAGAGUUGCUGCAAAGUUUGAAAGCUAGAGAGCAGGGACUUCUGCAGUCACUGGAAGAGAAGGAGACAGCAAUAGUGGAGCUAAAGAAAAUGCUGUCUUCUCCUAUGCCAUUGGUGUCUAUAGCUGUCCAAAGUGAGCAAAGUGCAGAUGAAGAAUUUCCCAGCAAAGGGUUAUCAGAUGCUGUCUUGCCACCCAGAAAGGUUUCUUGUGAUGGUGAGUUGGCAAGUGACAUUUCAGUGACCCAAGCAGCACUGGAUAUUCAGCUGAAGCUGCAAGAAAUGAGAGUUGUCAUGGAGGAGAAACAGCACCUAGAAGAAAGACUUGAGCAGAUGUCUGUUGUUGUGGAUGAGAAACUUGCCUUGGAGGCCAAAGUUCAACAACUUUCUUCCUUAGUGCUUCAGAAGGCUGAUUUAGAUGCGAAACUGCAGGAACUUAAUUUGGCUGUGAAAGAUAAGGCCAUGCUGGAGAUAAAGGUCCAUGAAUUGUUAGCUCUAUUAGAUACAGACAAACAUCAUUUGGAGACUGAAAUGAGCCCCAGCAACUCAUUAGUUGAAACACUUGACACUCAGUUUGAGAAGUUGAAAGUGCUAUUGGACAGGCUGAGGGCAGCUGAGGAAACCAUUGCUUCGCUGGAGCACAGAGAGGCUACACUUGUUGCUAUGGAGGAAGAGAAAGCCCGGCUUGAAAAGAGGGCAACAGAUUUGGAAGCUGAGGUGAAAUUAGGGCAGCUUGAUUUGGAACAGAACAGGAUCGACAAUGAAGAACUUAAAGCUGAGCUGACAUGGCAGACACAGGCAGCAGAGACACUCCAGAGAAAGCUAGAGACUCUGCAGGAGGAACUCACCAAGCACAAGCAGGAGGCAGAUGCAGAUGUCAACCGACUGACCCAGGAAGUGGAAGAUGCUCUGCAAGAACUGGAAAAAACGAAUAGCUUGCUAGAAAGUUCUGAGCAAUGCUGCAGGGUAACUGAAGAAACUCUAGAAGAAUAUAAACAAAACUUUGAUCGUCUAGAAACUAAUUUACAAAAACUGGCCCAGGAGAGAGACGAGUUUGAGCUCAAACUGGAUGCUGCCAACAAGGAGCAGGAAAAGCACAGCCAGAAAAUUGACGAGCUUCAGAGCCGAAUUUCUGUCCUGGAGCGUGAAUUGCAGAAUGCGCUGCACAGCAAAGAGCUGCUGGAAGGAGUUCUGGCUGACAAAGAAUCAGCUCAUCACAUGGGUGAGUCCUUGCAUGAAAAGCUGUCUAAGGAGCUGCAGGAUUCUCAGACUGAGGUUCUGGCCAUGCAGGCACAGCUGACACAGCUGUCUCUGGAACUGCACCGACAGGAAGGCAGCUGCACUAGACUCAUGACAGCCAAUUCUGAAAUGGAGACAGAGAUACUGAGACUGACCCAGGUAGAGGCUACCCUGCAGAAGGAGAAUUCAGAGCUGAAGUCACUUAUUGAGGUCAAUAACAGCAAGGUUACAGCCCUUGAGGAGGAACUUCAAACCAUAGCAGAGAUUAAAAAGGAAAAGGAGGCCCUCCACCUACAAAUCAACAAGUGUCAUACAGAGAUCACCUUGCUGCAAGGUGAAGUGGCAAACCUCCAGCAAGAGUCAAAGUCUUCAGUGAGCACAAUACAGGCACUGCAAGCAGACAACAAAACUUACAAAGAUGCCAUGGAGGAACUAGCUGUGAAACUACAGACACUGAAUGCAGAAAAUGUGGUUGCUCUGGAAACCAGGGCUGAACUAGUUGCAAGAAUACAGACACUGGAAGAAGAAAAGAAAGCUAGCUGGGACACCGAGGCAGAACUAAAUAUGAGGAUACAGAGACUGCAGGAGGAAAGCAAGGCUAUUGUAGUUUCAAGGGAUGAGCUCAGUUCAAGAAUUCAGGACUUAGAAGAGCAGAGCAGACAAUCAGAAACCAGGAGUUAUCAACUGAUGGAAAGCAUCGACCAACUGGUUAAAGACAAAGAAGAGACAGCUGAAAAGGCAGACACUCUUCAAGUGGAGUGUGACAGACUGAGGAAAGAGAACUCUGAGCAGCUGCAACAAAUUGAGAUACUAAGGAAAGAAGUAGCUGAAACCAAACAACGGGCUGACACCAGCAGCAGUCAGAGCACAUCUGAAAAGGUGGUUCCUGCUUUAGAAUUCAAACAAAUGAAAUGUUUGCUCAGAAACCAAAUCAAAGAUUUGAAGAUGGACAUUGAAAAGAAAAAGAAUGUCAUCCAAUGCCAGAAAGAAUAUAUCACAGACCUGCAAAAUCAGCUGGAACAACAUGAAAACAUAGAAAAUGUUGAUUUCAAAGAGAAGGAGCUAGAGGACAUGGUCAACAGCCUUAAGCUCAAAGAUUAUGAAGUUGCACAUCAAAAAAUUAAACACCAGAAGGAGUUGGAGACACUCUCUCAAAAGUUAAAGAAUGCUGAAGACACAGUUGCAUACAAAGAGAGCUGUAUCAGCAAACUGAAGGAUGAGAUUCGCAGAAUGAGAUCAGAGGACAUGUCCUUCUGCAUACCUGCAAAGCCUACUAAGGAGAAUCCACCACAGGCAUCUGUGGAGCCAAAGGAAGUGCGAGUAAUCAGCAGCCACAGCGGCAUCAUUGAUCGUUAUACUGUUACUCUUCUUGAAGCUGACAAGUACCGCCUACAGCGCGAGCUUAAGAAGACUCAAGAGCGAUUAAAGAAAACUGAAGCUGAACUUCACUGGGCAAAGGUUUCUCUUUCAAAAUUCACAACAGGUAAUGAAUCAGGCACCAUUCAUAAUGCAAGAGCAGAUUCUUCCAAGAUUCCCACACCUGACAAAAGGUUGGGAUCCUGCACAAGUUUAUCUUCCAGUGGUGCAUCACCAUGUCUGAAAUCAAAUGUUCAGUCCCCAUUAAUUUCUGUCAUCACACCAGCAGCAGACUCGUUGUCACCUAGGGUGGACCCGCUGGAGAGGAGUGCUGUAGGAUCUGAGAGUUUCAUUUUGAGCCAGAAUGGGCUGUCUUCCAGGAACUCUGGUGAUAACAAGAAAGACAGGUUGCCACUGCAAAGUAUCACUGACAAGCACAACGCACUACUAGGAAAAGAAGACACCAGUCUACAAACACCAGCAGAGAUGCUAACAGCGGAAGCUGGUGAAUCAAAAGAAAAUUCCUUAAAAAUUGACCCUGACGCCUGGAAGAAGUCCAAGCGACCACUUGUACUGAAGUCAUACGCUCAUCCGUCCACCAAGCUGCUUGGCUCAAAAUCUGGUAGGCAAGGAGCUGACCAGUGCAAACAACAAUGAUUACAGCACAUCAACCAGCAUAGAAACAGCCUGUGUAUAGAAUGUAUAGACCAAGUCAAAACCAGCAUGUACGGAGUGUGUAGACAACACACAAGCAUGUACUGAAUGUGAAGAUAACACAUGUAGAAUGUACAGACAGACAGUAUGAUUAGUAGUAUUUAACAGAUUCUUGAAGAAAAUGUGCCAAUGACUGUAUGUGUGUGUGCACAUGUGAACAAAUGAGAGUCCGUGUGAAAUGUUUGAUUACAUGGUUUGGUUAGAAAUCUGUUAAUCUUCAGUUCUAUGUAAUUAUAGUUGGCAGAUAUGUAACAAGUAGACCUGGCCAAACAUUUAUCAGCAAGAGCAGCUAAACAUAUUCAGUCCAUCUGUAUAUCUCAUUACUUCUAAAAUGGUCUUUGACCAUAAAAGCUUUUUCUGGUGGUGAAGGACGUGCCCAUCUCCUUACCCUUGUUGUCUUGUCUUUCUCAAUGCUCUAAGGAGUCAGGUAUCCAGUUCUCAGCUGAUUCAACUCAAGGAUGGGUGAAGGGGAGUGGGGUAAUCUCACACCAGCAUCAGACCAGGCAUCAAACAUAGGGUUAAACACUGCUCCUCUAACUGCUAGGCUAUCAGCUUUCCAGAUUCCACACUGAAUUUGUAACAUAGAGCUGCUUACAUAAACUCUAGUUUCUUGAGUUAAUUAAAAGAGUUUGAUUUUAGUUAACCAUAGACAACUACUACACCUGCUGAAAUAUUUAGACUAUAAUAAUGUUUAUAAAAUUUUUUAAUGGAUUUUAAAAAAAGUAACUAAUGCUAAAAUUGCAUUAUCACAUGGUUAAAACUUUGAUUAGAAAUAUAUUAAAAUCAUAAUUGCAAAUAGUGAAUAAGAGCCUAGAUGCAGAGCAACAAAACUCCCUAUUUGUGAUCAGGUUUUCAUCGAAUUUUGUGAAAAAGUAAUCUGUGAUGUAUUUGAAGUACUGUCAUGAAGCUGGUGUACCCUUGCUUAGAAAGGGUGCCAUGCAUGAUUAGCUCUGUUAGAAGUUUUGUUAAACUGGAUAGCAUUUCUUUCUCAUAUUACCUUUGUCUACUGCAAAAACAUUAUAGAACUGGAUUAUUCAACAUUUUCAUUGCUCAUUUUCAGAUUUAUCAUCAAGAUAAAAACAAUUCAACUGGUAUAUCAGUUUUACCAGUGGAAGCAAAUCUGGAAAUUUGUUUUGCCACUUCAAAAGAAAUAUGUUGAAGUUAAUUUGUGUCUUACUAACAAAUGAAUGCAGUUCAGUGUUCAAACAUGCUUUUUUAAAAUUCUUCCUAUGCAAUAAAUUCUUAUGCUAUGUAG